GGGGAAAAAACCAACUGCUCCAAAAGAAUGUGUUUUUCUCCUAUUCUGGAAAUCAACAUGCAGUCUGAAUCUAACAUUACAGUGCGAGAUGACAUUGAUGACAUCAACACCAACAUGCACCAACCACUAUCAUAUCCAUUAAGCUUUCAAGUGUCUCUCACUGGAUUUCUUAUGUUAGAAAUUGUGUUGGGACUUGGCAGCAACCUCACCGUAUUGGUUCUUUACUGCAUGAAAUCCAACUUAAUCAACUCUGUCAGUAACAUUAUUACAAUGAAUCUUCAUGUACUAGAUGUAAUAAUUUGUGUGGGAUGUAUUCCUCUAACUAUAGUUAUCCUUCUGCUUUCACUGGAGAGUAACACUGCUCUUAUCUGCUGUUUCCAUGAGGCCUGUGUAUCUUUUGCAAGUGUCUCAACAGCAAUCAACGUUUUUGCUAUCACUUUGGACAGAUAUGACAUUUCUGUAAAACCUGCAAACCGAAUUCUGACAAUGGGCAGAGCUGUAAUGUUAAUGAUAUCCAUUUGGAUUUUUUCCUUUUUCUCUUUCUUGAUUCCCUUUAUUGAGGUAAAUUUUUUCAGUCAUCAAAGUGGAAAUACAUGGGAAAACAAGACGCUUUUGUGUGUCAGUACAAAUGAAUACUACACUGAACUGGGAAUGUAUUAUCAUCUGCUAGUACAGAUCCCAAUAUUCUUUUUCACUGUUAUAGUAAUGUUAAUCACAUACACCAAAAUACUUCAGGCUCUAAAUAUUCGAAUAGGCACGAGAUUCUCAACAGGGCCGAAGAAGAAAGCAAGAAAGAAAAAGACAAUUUCUCUAACCACGCAACAUGAGACUACAGACAUGUCACAAAGCAGUGGUGGGAGAAAUGUAGUCUUUGGUGUAAGAACUUCAGUGUCUGUAAUAAUUGCUCUCCGGCGAGCUGUGAAACGACACCGUGAACGACGAGAAAGGCAGAAAAGAGUCUUCAGAAUGUCUCUAUUGAUAAUUUCUACAUUUCUUCUCUGCUGGACACCAAUUUCUGUUUUAAAUACCACCAUUUUAUGUUUAGGCCCAAGUGACCUUUUAGUAAAAUUGAGGUUGUGUUUUCUAGUCAUGGCUUAUGGAACAACUAUUUUUCAUCCUCUACUAUAUGCAUUCACUAGACAGAAAUUUCAAAAGGUCUUGAAAAGUAAAAUGAAAAAGCGAGUUGUUUCAAUAGUGGAAGCUGACCCCAUGCCAAAUAAUGCUGUAAUACACAACUCUUGGAUAGAACCUAAAAGAAACAAAAAAAUUACAUUUGAAGAUAGUGAAAUAAGAGAAAAAUGCUUAGUACCUCAGGUUGUCACAGACUAGGGAAGUCUAAGUUUUGCCAAAACCACAUCCAGAAGUUCUAAAUUUAAAUUGUAAAAAAAAUGAAAUUACUGCCAAAUAUAAGGGAAAAACAAUUUAAGUAUUGGUUAUGUUGUAAAUUUUUAAUGUAAAUGUCAAAAUUAGAUUAGGUCAUAUAUAUUCAAUCUCUUCAUUACUUAAUGUAUUUGUUGCAUGGCAGUUUGUUAAAGUAAUAUCAUGUGUAUAUUUUGUCAAUAUUAUGUCCAGCAGAAGAAAUUCAUGUAAGUCAUAUUUUCUAAAGAAUAAAUACAUAGCCUUAAAAC